AUGCUUUCGUCAACAAACUCUCAACAAUCAAUUGUAUCAUACUCUGCAUUGAAAAAGCCAACAAUGAAUUCAAAUAGUAAUAAUAAUAAUAAUAAUAGCAAUAGUAAACCAAAAUCAAUUAUACCACAAACUUUAAAAGCUCCUCAGCAUGUGAAUAAUAAUAGUAGUAAUAAUAAUAAUAAUAAUAAUAUUAAUAGACCAAGUCACCAGUUAAAACCAUCUCUUCCAUCUUUAUCGAAGCCUCAACAGCCAAUACAGCAAACACAACAACAAAUAUCACCACCUCAAUCAAUUCAACAGCCAAUUCAACAACAACAACAACAACAACAAAUAUCACCACCACAACAACAAUUACAACAACAACAACAACAACAACAACAACAACAACAACAACAACAACAACAACAACAACAACAACAACAACAACAACCAUCACAACAACAACCACAACCACCUCAGCCAAUACAACCUCAACAAGCAAAUCAAAAUAUUGAGAAUGAAAUUAAUAAUAAUAAAGUUGUAGAGCCAACAGAAGAUUCAAAUACUUCACCUUCCUUAAAAACAGUUAAAAAGAUAAUCAUCAGCGAUGAUUCUAUGGAUGUCAUAAUUCCAGAUUCACCAAAAUCAUUAAGUUUAAAUUUAGAUGAAUAUGAAGAACAAGCAAAACCAAACUUUGGCUACUUGAACCAAUCUAAUAUGGAUUAUGAAGUAAUUGUUCACAAUAAACCUUUAAAUGACUCAACUAAUAUUACAAGCACUGACAAUAUAGAAAAUAAAUCUGAAAAUAGUAGCAACAAUUCCAGUAAUAAUAAUAAUAAUAAUAACAAUGACAAUAAUAAUAAUACUGGCAACACUAACUCCAAUAACAACAAUUCCAGUAAUAAUAAUAAUAAUAAUAAUAAUAAUAAUAAUAAUAAUAAUAAUAAUAAUAAUAAUAAUAAUAUUAAUAAUAAUAUUAAUAAUAAUAGUAAUAACAAUAAUAACAAUAAUAUAAAUAAUAAUAAUAGUAAUAAUAACAAUAACAAUAACAACAAUAAUAAUAAUAGUAAUAAUAAUAACAACAGCAACAAUAAUAACAAUGAAGAAAAUUUAUCAAAAGAUAAAAAGAUUGAAGAAUUAACAAAUUUAUUAAUGAAUAGGGAUAAAAUGGUUAGUGAAAUGAGUAAAAAGUUAACAGGUGUGCAACAAGAAUCCCAUGCAGGAUCUGUUCCAACUUCAAAGAUUUCAAACUUAAAAGUUUCAUUUCCAAAUCAACAAAUACAAGGAACAAAACCAAUUGCACACUUUAAGACUACAAUCCCAAUUAAUAAUAAUAAUAACAAUAAUAAUAAUAACAAUAACAACAAUAGUAGUAAUAACAACAAUAAUAGAAAUGUUGGAUCAAAAGAUAAAUCAAGAAAUCAAAAUGGCUCAAACCAACCCUCCUCUUCCAAUAUUUCAAAAAAACAAAAACCAAAUGAAAAUAUUGAUACUUCAAACCUAAAUGGCAAUGCUGUUGAUGAAAUAUUUGAUGGUCUAAAUGACCAAGUUGAAUCUAUUGACUCUUCAGGUGAAUCGAUUUCCUUACUUGAAAAAAUUACUCAUUCAUCAAAGAAUAAUAUCAAUAGUGUAAAUAAUGUAAAUAGUAAUAAUAAUAAUAAUAAUAAUAAUAAUAAUAAUAUAAAUAAUACCAAUACCAAUGCCAAUACCAAUAAUAAUAAUAAUGGUACUAGUCGUAGUAAUAGUGGCAAUAUAAAUAAUCAUAACAACAAUGAUAAAACAACAUCUUCAUCCACUCAUUCAUCGUCAUCAAGUGAUGCAUCAUAUUGGAAAAACAUUGCAUCCAAAUUCCAAACUCGUUUAAGAAAUGUUGAGGCCGCAUUGAAUGGAGAAUUUGAUAAAAAACCAAAAGAACAAGCAUUAAAAGCUGAAGAUAUUGCAUUAGUUGUUAGAAAUGAGUUAUUAAGAAGUAUGAAGAGCAAUCAACAGCAACCACCACAACAACAACAACAACAACCACAACAAAUUGAAAACUUAGUGGAUCCACAAAUCCAACAACAAAAUCAAUUAACUCAACAAUUACAACAAUUACAACAACAAUACCAACAAUUACAACAACAAAAUCAUCAAACACAACAACAAAACCAUCAAAUACAACAACAAAAUCAACAAUUGCAAAAUCAAAGUCAACAAUUACAACAACAAUUUAAAUUUGAACAACAAAGAAAUACUGAAAUUAAAUUGGAUUUGGAGAAAUCAAAGGAACAACAUCAAGCAGAACUUUGUAAAGCUUUGAAAAUGGUAGAUGAAUUUGAAAUGAAACACAAUGAAUCCCAAAAUAAAUUGGUUCAAUGGGAAAAAGAAAUUGGUUCAUUAAAAAUUCAACUCGAUGAGAGUAAACAAUAUGCUGAAAUCGUUAAAGUCUCCUUUGACAAGAGAAUGCAAAAGGAAAUGGAUGAACAUGAACAAGAAUUGGAUUUAACAAAGAAAAAACAUUUGAAAAAGCUUGAUGCUCUCUUUAAAGAGUUGGCACAAUGGAAAGAUUGUAGUAAAAGAUUAUUUGCAAAAAUUAAUAAUAGAGAUCAAAAUGAAUCAUUACCUAAUGAAACAAAUGUUUAUGAUGAUUUUGAUGAUGAUGAUGAUGAUGAUGAUGAUAAUAAUGAUGAUAAUAAUGAUGAUAAUGAUGAAAAAGAUAAUAAAAACAAUAGUAAUAAUAAUAAUAAUAAUAAUAAUAAUAAUAAUAAUAAUAAUAAUAAUAAUAAUAAUAAUAAUGAUAAUGAUAAUGAUAAUAAUGUAAAUAAUGAUACAACUUUAGAUCAAGAUAAAUCAAAAUGUAAUAGUCAAACAAAUGAAGAGGGCGAUAGUGAUAUUAGUAGUACAUUAAAUUCUAAUCAAAAUGAAGAAAGUAAACAAACCUCUACUCCCUAUCACCAUCAUCAAUUACAAGAUAGUAAUUUUUUAGAAGAUGAUAUUAAUACCUUUCCACUAUUAACUUCUGUUCCAACACAAAACCCUCAAGGUAUUCAAUACACUCAAGAAUUAUCAAAACUUUUUCAACCAAACCAAAUGGAUGUGAAUAAAUCAAUUUUCUCUUCUCAAACUAAUGAAGAAAUUCAAAAAAUUAUUAUCCAACUCGAAGGAGAUAUUAAUAAUUCACAACAACAAUAA